AUGCUCAACGUACGUGGCCUGGCGAUAUAUAGGACUGCAGUACGUUGCCUGCUUCGGCCACCACCAAACUCACCCUACCGCGGCAUCUAUCGGACUGAGGGGGAAGUAUGCCGCCGCGAUGAAAUUCUCGUCUCGCAGGGUGCUCUGAACUACCACCCUGGCCUGAAUGUUCAUCUUGAAAAAGACCGUGUCGAUCUUCUCUUGAAAGCCAGCUGUGACGGAGUCGUCAGGAUCACCCGCGAAAAAAUCACUCCGGACUUCACUAAUCCUGAUAUGAAGGUCUACGAACACCGGCGUGAUAACGACAUCUACAAACUUCAUUUUAACGUUAUUCCGUUUGAGAUGUCAAAAAAUUUCACACUCAAGUCCGAGAUU